CCACCUCGGGUACAAAUGAACACCAUCAAUUUUAUCCAACCCACCGCCGCCGUUGCCUCCGUACCUCCUCCCCCUCCUCCCUCCUGUUCUUCUCUUCCCCUACGCCCCUUCUCUCACUCCCCUUCUCCUCCUCCUCUUAAACCCUCACUAAACCCUCACCCUUCUCUCUCACUCUCUCUCUCUUCUCCAAGUUCAGUCCCCAAACUCAAAACCCAAAUCCAAUUCCAGUCCCUCCCAUCCCCACAACCCCUCUUGAAUUCAAACCCUCCCAAUGACCGCCACCAAACCCACAAAUUCCUCCACCAUUUAAUUCAUUUGCUCCGCCUCUCCGCCCGUCACGGCGACCGAGAACUCGCCAGGGCCGCACACGCAUCAAUUCUCAAGCUUCAAGAAGAUACCCAUCUUGGCAAUGCCCUCAUUUCAGCUUAUCUCAAGCUGGGCCUUGUUUCGGAUGCUCACCUGGUUUUCCUAAGCCUUUCCUGCCCAAAUGUUGUGUCUUUCACUACUUUGGUUUCGGGAUUUUCCAAGGCGGGUCGAGAGGAGGAGGCUGUGGAGCUUUUCUUCCAGAUGAGGAAUUCGGGUAUUAAGCCCAAUGAGUACAGCUUUGUUGCAAUUUUAACUGCUUGUAUUCGGGUUCUCGAGCUGGAUUUGGGUUUGCAAGUUCAUGCCUUGGUGGUCAAAUUGGGGUACUUGGAUUAUGUUUUUGUUUCGAAUGCGCUUAUGGGUUUGUAUGGUAAAUGUUUGUGUUUGGAUUAUGUGCUUAAACUGUUUCAUCAAUUGCCCGAGAGAGACACGGCGUCUUUGAAUACUGUUAUGUCGAGUUUAGUGAAGGAGUUUAUGUAUGAUGAAGCAUUUGAGUUGUUUCGUGAACUGCGGCAAACGGAGGGGUUUGGAGUCGAUCAUUUCACAGUUUCAACCCUUUUGACUGCCUGUUCUGGGAGCAAUGCUUUCAGAGAAGGUAAAGAGGUUCAUGCUCAUGCUAUCAAAAUUGGUUUAGAGGCCAAUUUGAGUGUUAGCAAUGCCCUUAUUAGGUUCUAUGCUGUGUGUGGGAGUGUAAACGGUGUGAAUGCUUUGUUUGCGAGGAUGCCUGUGAAGGACGUUAUUACGUGGACAGAAAUGAUUACAGCCUACAUGAAAUUCGGGUUGGUAGAUUUGGCUAUCAAGAUGUUUGAUAACAUGCCUGAGCGGAAUUCUGUUUCUCAUAAUGCUGUACUGGCUGGUUUUUGUCGAAAUGGUGAAGGCUUGGGGGCUUUGGAUUUAUUUACAAAAAUGUUGAAGGAGGGAAUGGAGAUGACAGACUUCACUUUGACAAGUGUUGUUAACGCUUGUGCCUUGCUUAGGGAUUGUAAAACCAGUGAGCAAAUCCAUGGGUUAAUUAUCAAGUUUGAUUUUGGGUCAAAUGCUUGUAUUGAAGCUGCAUUACUUGAUAUGUAUACAAGGUGUGGUCGGAUGACAGAUGCAAAAAAGUUGUUUCAUUGGUGGCCGCCUGAGCAGGAUAGCUCUGUACUUUUGACAUCAAUGAUUGGUGGAUAUUCUCGAAAUGGGCAACCGGACGAGGCAAUUUCUCUUUUCCACCUCCAUCAAUCUGAAGGAAGAAUGGUUAUGGAUGAAGUCUCAUCCACUUCACUACUUGGUCUUUGUGGAACUUUAGGGAUAAAUGAACUGGGGAAACAAAUCCACUGCCAUGCUUUGAAGUGCGGUUUUCUAACUGAUCUAGGAGUCGGAAAUGCCACAAUUAGCAUGUACACUAAGUGUUGGAACAUGGAAGACGGAGUCAAGUUGUUCAAUACGAUGCCCACUCAUGACAUAGUUUCAUGGAAUGGUUUGCUUGCUGGUUAUCUUCUCCACAGACAAGGCGAUGAGGCCUUGGCUGUCUGGUCAAAUAUGGAGAGGACUGGCAUAAAACCGGAUCAGAUUACUUUUAUUUUGAUUAUUUCAGCAUACAGACACACUACAUCCAAUUUAGUUGACGAUUGUCGUAGCUUGUUUCUCUCCAUGAAAACUGUUUAUGACAUCGAACCCACCUCAGAGCACUUUGCCUCCUUUGUUGGUGUUCUAGGGUACUGGGGUCUACUGGAUGAAGCAGAGGAAACAAUCAGUAAGAUGCCUUUUGAGCCUGAGUUUAUUGUUUGGCGAGCUUUGCUUGACAGUUGUAGAAUCCAAACAAAUACAACCAUUGGAAAAAGGGUUGUGAAACGUAUCCUUGCCAUGGAGCCCAAAGAUCCAUCUGCCUACAUACUUGUAUCAAAUCUCUACUCAGCAUCUGGAAGAUGGCACUGCUCCGAAAUGGUUAGGGAGGAUAUGAGGAAAAAGGGGUUCCGGAAACACCCAAGUCAAAGUUGGAUCGUUCAUAACAACAAGAUACAUCCAUUCUAUGCAAGAGAUAAAUCCCAUCCCCAAGCAAAAGACAUAUAUAGUGGAUUGGAAAUACUCAUCUUAGAGUGCAUAAAAGCCGGUUAUGUGCCAGACACAAGCUUUGUUCUUCAUGAAGUAGAAGAGCACCAGAAGAAAGAUUUCUUGUACUAUCACAGUGCAAAGUUAGCAGCAACCUAUGGCCUACUGACCAUGAAGCCUGGAAAACCAAUCCGCGUAGUGAAGAAUAUCCUCCUUUGUGGAGACUGCCACGCGUUCUUGAAAUACAUGUCGAUUGUCACAAGAAGAGCAAUCUAUGUCAGGGAUGCUUCCGGAUUUCAUUGUAUUUCUAGUGGUCAGUGCUCAUGCAAAGAUUAUUGGUGACUGGGAUUACUAGUGGAAGCUGGAUACUGAUGCAGCGUCUGUCAUUGUUUGCUGCACGUGGUAUAGAGCUUCUGAGGAUUCAUUCUGUUCAUCGUCACUCCGGCAUGGCAUUUACUUUGAUCCUUUUUAGAGUUUUACUGUUUUGUUUCUUAUUCCUAGGUCUACUUUCAACAAAUCAAAUGCAUGUUUUAGUAAUAACUCGCCUAGGCUUUGUCGGGCAGGUGCGCAUCAGGGCUCAUUCCCUUUUUGUUUAAAAGUUGCAAAAAUCUGGGAAAAAAAAAUUGAGUAAAUUACAUUUUACUACCUCA